UCGCAGAGCGCAAAGCGGGCACCUGGGCUCCUCUGCCCACGGCCAGACUCCCCGAGGGCACAUCCCAUGAGGCACCAAGGUUAACACCCACCGGCAGUCAGUAUUUAACUUUCCACAGAAGAUUAGAUUAAACAUUCGGGUCCACAAAAGCCUCGGGUUGCAGCACAGUUGGCGAGGACUUAGCUGGCUCCAAGCUGCAGGUACUCAGCGGGCGGAGAAUUAGGUGCGAGCCUGUAGGGCUCGCUAACACCAACAGGCAGGUUCAGGCCAGCCGGGCUCUGUGAAGCCAUUUCCUGCCGCUCACACACUGCACAGAAGGAGGGAAACAUGUCUGCUCUAUCCAACUGGACAGAGACACUGGAAAAUGUCUUCAAAAGGAUUUUUGUCACCUACAUGGACAACUGGCGCAGGAACACGACGGCCGAGGAAGAGGCGCUGCAGGCCGAGGUGGACGCCGAGAACUUCUACUACGUCAUCCUCUACCUCAUGGUGAUGAUUGGCAUGUUCUCCUUCAUCAUCGUGGCCAUCCUGGUGAGCACGGUGAAGUCCAAGAGGCGGGAACACUCCAACGACCCCUACCACCAGUACAUCGUGGAGGACUGGCAGGAAAAGUACAAAAGCCAGAUUUUGCAUUUCGAAGAAGCCAAGGCCACCAUCCACGAGAAUACGGGCGCGGAGGGGUUCAAAGCGUCCGCCUGACCGGGGAGAAAGGCACAGGGCCUGGCAUGCAGACGUGAAGACAGACCAGUGCCGUCCAGCAAGUCUCGGUUGGUUCGACAACCGAGACAGACGACAUUUCAAUCUAAGUGACUUGUGUUUGCCUAUCAGAGCAGUGUUUUGUGCCAAAGAUCUCUUACUUUCUGUCCAGUGGAAAUGCCAUGUUAGUCCAUGUCAACCGCAAAUGAACGCCAAAUUGAACAUAUAGUGCCUGGGCAGUGGCAGUGGAAAAAGGGAGAGAUUUAUGAAUGACUGAAUCUUCUCUCUCACAGAACAUCAUUUGCACGUGACUGGCUCAAUGUGUAAAUAGUCCGAAUGUUAUGGACCAGCCGAGGUUCAAAACCUACCCCUUGUGCACCCAUUGAGAUAGGAGUGUUUAUUUAUUAAUUCACGUGUGCGGAGUCUGAAGUGACGAAGAGCAAAGCCAUGGCACUGUCGUGCAGUUCGCUUCUUGGAAAGCCUGAAGAACAGGGGCUGGCAUCGUAGCAUAGCUGGUUAAGACUCCGCUUGCAAAGCUGGCACCCUGUAUGGGUGCCAGUUCAAGGCCCGGCUGCUCCGCUUCCAAUCCGUUUCCUUGCUAAUGCGCCUGGGAAAGCAGUGGAGGGUGGUCCAAGCCCUUGGGUCCCUGAAUCCACCUGGCAGUUCAGGAAGAAGCUCUGGAAUCCCAGUUUUGGUCUUGCCCAGCCCCAGCUGUUGUGGCCAUUUUGGGAGUGAAUCAGCAGAUGGAAGACCUCUCUCUCUCUCUCUCUCUCUCUCUCUCUCUCUCUCUCUUUGUCUCUCCUCUCUCAGUAAAUCUGCCUUUCAUGUACAUAAAAAUAAUAAAUAAAUCUUUUAAAAAAGAGUUUAAGAAGAAUAUUUCAAAAUAAUCAUACUAGAUAAGUAGAAUAUUUUAGAACUGUCUGCUGCAACUUCCAUAUUUUUUAGCUGAUAGUUUAAGUUACACAGAAAAAUAACCUUUAAAAGAUCUGUUUGCUUUAAGAAAAAGAAAAAAAACAUUGCUUUGCAAACAUCUUACUUUCUUUCACUCAAAUUUAUUUUCUUCUCGUUCUAAUUACUGAUUUUCUUGUUUGAAAAGACUACAGAGGGGCUGGCACUGUGGCAUAGUGGGUAAAGCUGCUGCCUGCAGCGCCGGCAUCCCACAUGGGCACCAGCUCCAGUCUCAGCUGCUCCACUUCCGAUCCAGCUCUGCUGUGGCCUGGGAAAGCAGUAGAAGAUGGCCCAAGUCCUUGGGCCCCUGCACCCGUGUGGGAGACCUGGAAGAGGCUCCUGGCUCCUGGCUUUGGAUUGCUGCAGCUCCAGCCAUUGUGUUCAUUUGGGGAGUGAACCAGCAGAUGGAAUAGCUCUUCUCUCUCUCUCUCUCUCCCUCUGUGUGUGUGUGUAUGUGUGUCUGCCACUCUGUAACUCUGCCUUUCAAAUAAAUAAAUAAAUCUUUAACAAAAAAGAAAAGAUCAAAGGUACAGAAAGCGUUCAAAAUGAUGCUGUAUGUUGAAAAGCUACACAACAGGGCUGGAAUUUUGACACAGUGGAUUAAGUCACCGCUUAAGAACCCGGCAUCUCAUAUGAGUGCUGGAUUGAGUCCUAGCUGCUCUGCUUCUAAUCCAGCUCCCUGCUAAUGCAUCUGGGAAGGCAGCAGAAGAUGGCCCAAGUGCUUGGGCCCCUGCACCCAUGUGGGAGACCCAGAUGGAGUUCCUGCCUCUUGGCUUCAGCCUGGCCCAGCCUCAGCCAUUGCAGCCAUUUGGGGAGUGAACCAGCAGGUGGAAGAUCUCCCUUUCUCCCACUCUUUCUUCAUGAUUCCGCCUUCCAAAUAAACAAAUAAUUCUUAAGAGAGAGAGAGAGAGAAAGAGAAAAACUAGACAGUAACUGGUUAAUAUUUUAUACUUUGGGGAAAUAUUGGUAAUAGAUGCAAAAUUUCAGAUAACAGAAAUAAACUCAAGAGAUCUAUUGUACCAUAAGGUAACUUUGUUAAUAACCAUAUAUUAUACAUAUUCUUGAAAAAAUGCUAAGACAGUGGAUGUGAAGUCUUCUCCCCCUCAAAAUGAUGACCAAGGGAAUCCACAAGCUGACUGGGUAGAUUUAGCCAUUCCACGCUAUAUAUUCCAAAACAUCAGUUUAAGUAAAAUGUUAAAAACAGCUUGCAUGAAGGGGCCAGGACUGCUGUGGUUUGCACGUGGUUGGCUCCUGCCGAAUGUAUGGUGGAAUUUGGUUGCAAUGCAACAGGGCAGAAGGGUGGUGCCACGAAGAGGGUUUGGUGUCUUUCUCAAGAGGUGAGCUCCCUCGGGCAUGGGUGAAGUCUCCCUCUGGCCUUCACUGCCCCCUCCUCUCUUCCGUUACACUCUCCUUUGCUGCUCGCUGCUUUGUCAAGUGUGGGGCAGGGUGAGGCCUCACCUCACCCGGUCAGCUUCCCCUUGGGGCACUGGAGGAACGCCACCUCUUUAUACCCAUGUUCGAUACACAGCUGCCAAAAUCAUUCACCCUAAUUUGCCAUUUCAGUAUCACCACCCACGAGACCCGGGCUUUCCACUUCCACUCCCACAACUGAAAAUGCCAAUUCAAACAGGCUUUUCAAGUUCCCUCUGCUGUGUCUCCUGGUUCCACAUGGCCUGAGUACCACUUGUUUCUUUUUUUCUUUCCUUUUUUUUUUUUUUUUAAGAUUUAUUUACUUAAGAGGCAGAGUUAGAGACAGAGAGAGGGAGAGACAGAGAAGUCUUCCAUCCCCUAGUUCACUCUCCAAAUGGCUGCAAAGGCCG